AUGGCUGUGGAUAAUAUUAAGCACCUGCCUGAAAUACAGAAGACCAUUGAUGAUUUGAAAAUUCAUCAAUCGAAUAAUGAUCGACAAUUGACCAAUCAAUAUGGUUACAUAGCAUUUAACAAGUCCAAAGUAGAUUCAACAUCUCGACUGUCUCAAUAUAUUCGUUUGGCUCUGACAACCGAUGCUGAAAAAGUCGUUCAAUUCAUGCAUCAGGGCUGGUGUUUACCUACACCGGACUUGAUCAUUUCGGUAACGGGUGGUGCAAAGCAUUUUGACAUGUCACCACGUCUCCGGAAUAUCUUUCAAAUGGGUCUAGUCGAUGCUGCUGCUACCACAAAUGCAUGGAUAAUUACAACUGGAACAAAUGCAGGUGUGGUUCAAGAAGUAGGCGAAGCUCUGAAUAAUUAUCGAUACAUAGGCAAUAAACAAGGUCUAGAUAUUCCUUGUAUUGGCAUCGCCAGUUGGAAUUAUAUAGCGGACAAUAGUCAACUUGAAAUAACGAAUCCCGCAAAUUCCACACGUAUUCAAUCAUACAUAGUGAGAAAGUCACCGAAAGGAAAAUGUCAUUUGGAACCAAAUCAUACACAUUUCCUGUUGUUUGAUGAUGGAAAAGAUAAUCCCAGUAGUGUUUUAGGAUUACGAGCCCGCAUUGAAAUGCUAUCAAGAGAUCCAAGUUUAGCACAGCGAUCCCAUGUACAUCAAGUAGCAUAUGGAUUCAGGACAGAAAAUGGUAUUACAUCGCAAGACCUUAUUACGACGCAAUCAACUCAUAUGAAUACAAUGCAGUUGCCACCUAUAGAACCGAUAUGGGAUACACUCAUACCGAUCGUCAUGGUUCUUCUAGAAGGUGGUGCUUCUUCACUCAAUACUGUUUCCAAGGCACUGAAAGAAAACACUCCGAUUGUUGUUGUCAAAGAAUCUGGUCGUGCCGCUGAUUUCGUUGCCUAUGUGUACGAAUACUUUUCGAAUACCAAUGAUCAUGCACAACACCAACCAUCGGAUGACAUAUCGAUAGAAGUUCAAAAGAAUCAUAGCUGGAUCUCAGACAUUAAACAUCCGAUUUCAUUAAAUGAACUAAAUGACUUAUAUGAGACAAUACGCACACAUAAAGAAUUCGUGACCAUUUUCAAUUUCAACAGUGAACAGUAUAACGGUAAUCUUGACGAUGCAAUUCUCGAAGCUGUACUCAAUGCUGCUAAAGUAUUAACUAAUAGAAAUAACAAUUACAGUCAAACAGUCGAACUCAAAUUAGCGAUGGCUUGGAACAAAUUUGACUAUGCUAAAAAGAAAAUUCUAACAGAUACGAUCAUUUCAAAGUGGAAAAAAGAAGAUCUUCAACGUGCUCUCGUUGAUGCUCUUCGACGAGGUCAUGUUGAUUUUGUUGAAUUACUCAUCGAAUUGGGCGCAUCUCCAGCGAAGUUAACCGUUGAUGAUCUCGAACGACUCUAUGUGUCAGCAUCUAUUGGAUCAAGUUUACCAUGUGGAAAGAAAAAGAGACGAACAAUAGCAACAAGGAAAGAUUUCUACAAGGCCUAUUUACUCGAAGAACCGAAACUUGACAAAGAUCAGAGCACCAAGAAUCUUUUAUUAGGAGAAUAUGGUUUACGUGAUCUCUUUAUUUGGGCCAUCUUUCUUGAUCGAGUCGAUCUUGCUACGUAUUUUUGUUCAAAAACAUGGAAUCCAUUGGUAGCUCCAUUGAUUGCUGCCUGGAUCUAUCAAAGAGCUAGAAGCAGCACACUAAAUUCGGAACUAAAAGAAAAAUACCAUGUGACAGCCGAGACUUUUGAUGGUUAUGCAAGAUCAAUUAUUGAUCAUUGUUUUGACAAUAACAAAAUAUUUGCAAUUAAACUUCUCAGGGGUCCGAUUGCAACUUUUUACAAUGCUCAUCCAUUGAAACGUGCACGCGAGGCUAAUUGUCGAAAAUUUAUAGCAUCACCAUGUGUUCAAAGAUAUCUGAAUAAUUUAUGGUUUGGUCAUAUCAAUUAUCACCUCACGUGGAUCGACAUUCGAGUUUUCCUCUGUACACUAUUUAUUCCACUUCUUCCAUUUGGUUCUGUCUUCUUACCCUACGUGAGAAGAUCUAACACGUCUUCUACAACUGUACAGCCUUCGUUAAGCACAAAUUUUGAUGCUAACACCGUCUCAACAGAAUUGCCUAAUCAACCAUUUCAACCUCGCAGUGUUCAAUGGUAUCAAAAGAUAGGCUACUUUUAUGCCGCGCCCAUAGUUCGAUUUUAUUACAAUGUAAUAUUUUUCAUACUAUUUCUUGGCCUAUUCAGUUAUGUUUAUCUUGUUGACUACUUUCCGCUGAAUAUUUAUCAUGAAACUCGAUCAGGCUAUUAUAAUUUACUGGUGCCUAUUCCAGAAAUCAUGCUUCAUAUAUGUUUAUGGAGUGUGAUUUGUGAAGAAACAUAUCAAGUAGUUCAUAAGACGCUCAAAGGCAAUUUUAUUACCGAUCUGUGGAAUAUACUUGCUAUUAUAGCAAUUGGCCUUUAUAUUAUCGGUUUCAUUACACGAUUCAUAGUUUCUGAAGCAGUAUUUACUGUUUCAAAAAUUUUCAUGGGUCUUGACCUAAUCGUUUGGUAUAUUCGAAUUCUUCAUCUAUUCGCUGCUUACGAACGACUCGGUCCGAAAUUGGAAAUGAUUUUCAAAACGAUAAAAGAUUUAUUGUUCUUUGUAUGUUUCAUUGUCAUCUUUCUACUCGGCUUUUCUAUCACAUCCUGGUCACUUAUCAAUACUACAUCACAAGUGAACUGGACCUAUACUGGAGAUGGACAACUAGCUUAUGUGACUACAAGCAGUGCUGAUAAUAAUCUAAAAUCGUGGCAAACACUGCGAGAUGUAAUCAAUUAUGGUGUUUGGAAAAUAUUUGGACAAGUAGAUCCAAUCACUGAUACCAAUGCUUAUUCUAAUGUAGCCUUCGUUCUAGCCAUUAUCUUUGUUACAAUUGCUAAUGUUCUUCUACUUAGUUUGCUAGUAGCUUUGUUCAAUGUGACUAUUCAAAAUGUUACCCAACAAUCAUACGUUUUAUGGCGCUACCAACGUUUUUUACUUGUUGAUGAAUAUAAAAGACGAUCUCUAUUACCACCUCCAUUCAACAUUUUUUACUAUAUUGUAAUGGUCGUCCGAUGUACUUACCUACGAAUAUCAUCUUAUAGAAAGCGACAUAUGAAAGUUUCGACUCAUGACACAGUACCGAGCAUAAGAAUAGAUGCUGAUACUGAUAUUGAUUCUCAAUCAGAAUUGGAAAUUACUGAUGAUAUGAAGCGUGAGAGAGCAAUUGUUAGUCACUAUUGGGCUAAAACAUUCAAAAGUCAAAAGAAAGAUCGAAAUGAAACGAAGUAA